AUGUCUUGGUUAGAGCUUGGGCUUCUCUUGACCAUGGUUAUCACAGGAUCUCAGGGUUGUUUAAAAUGUAGCAAAGAAGCCAUUGCACUUGAAGAAGAGUUCAAAAAUAGCUACCUGGAAAAAAAGCUCCAAAGAGACCCUGAACUCAAAACAAAAUUGAAGCAACUCCUGGACAAUACCAUGGAGAGGUUAUGGCAACAAUCCAUAGAUCCAGAAAAAUAUAUGGGUAUUAUUGAUGAAUUAACACUAAAAAAACUCACUGCCUACUUCAAGCGCUCCCUGAAUCAGAUCAAGGAAAAUAACUUUGAAGGUGAGCAGCUUUUCAAUGAAAUGAUGUGGAGCCUCCAGAAACUGAUGACUUAUUUUCAAGAGGUCAUGCCACAAGUUUCAAAACUCUAUUGCAGCAAUGAAUGUGGUAAGAUGUUUUAUACUCUUAUCAGCUGUGGCUCAUGUAUUACAAAUCAGUACAGCUGUACCAAGAACUUCAGGUGUGGAGAACGGAAAGUUCAAGUGGAAACGGAUGAAGAUUUGAUUUUGGAUUGUGCUCUGAAAUGGCAUAAGGCAAGCCAUGGAGUGAAGACAUACAGGUUCUACCGGAUGGUGGGUAACAAGGAGGAGCUGAUGGCCAGUGGGGCAGAUUCCUUUCUGACCAAGAAAGAAGCCAAUAUGAAAGAUGCAGGCACAUACCGAUGUAGAAUGGUAGACACAAAUGGCUAUACGUCCAGCGAGCUUGACUUUCAAGUUGUGGUGCUACCUCCAAAAGACAAGACCACCUGGUUUACCCGCCCACCACCACUGGUUUCACGGCCAUCAUCACUGUCUUCACUACCAUCAUCAUUAUUGUCACCGCCACUUGUGACGGUGAAAAAUCCACUCACUAUAGGGCUUUCUUCCAGGGCUCCGCCCCCUGAAGCUGAUUGGACAGCUUGGAAAGUGAGCGGGAUUACAGGAGGUGUGCUGUUCUUCGUUGUUGUUGCUUUUUUAUGUUAUUAUCGUCGUAUGGCUAAGGAGGAGGAAGAGGAUGAUGAUAAUGAUGAUGACGAUGAUGAUGACGAGAGUGACAGUGAGAGUGACAAUGAAUCAGAGAGUUAG